CCGCAAAAUAUCCGCUCCCCCCUUUUCUCUCGUCCCGUUCUCCCACAAACGAAGCGAAGCCGGAAAAUCGCAGAAAUAGAAGGGUUGAUUGAUUUCUACCCACGCACCACAGCAGCGGGACACAGCCGUUGGCCGCGUCUCUCAUCCCUUUUGGCUACUAGUAGUAGUAGUCCCCGGCCCAGCCCGGCGCAGAGCACCUCCAUAGAGCCCCAGGACCCCCAUUCAUGGCCAUUACCACGAUGUGCUGUCGCACCACCACCACCCCCGCCGCGGCGCCGUCCGGACUUCUUCGUCUUCCUCUCCGCUUCCCAUAGCCGCCUGAGAUUAGCCCUAGCUCUCUCUCCCUUGCUGUUUUGCUUUGCCGCGAGCUGCCCCCACCCUAUCUAGUUCUAGUUAUCACCUCGCCUCCCACCCAGCCGCAGCCUGCCUGCUUCAUUAAUCGCUUGGCCUGCUGCUGCUUCCACCUCGUGCUUCGGGCUAGCGUGGUCUCUUCUCUGCGGCCCACGGUGUGCGGUAUGGCGGGGAUCGACCUCAACACGGUGGAGGAGGACGAGGAGGAGUCGGCGGCGGCAGCGGCGGGUACCGGCGGCGACUGCUCCUCCUCGCUCCACAGCCAGGGGAGCUCCGCGGCCACGGCGUCGGCGUCAGCUUCGGCGACGCCUCCUCCGCCGCCGCCGCCGCGGCAGCAGGCGUGGCCUCCCAGCGCGGUGUGCCUGGAGCUGUGGCACGCGUGCGCGGGGCCCGUGGCGCCGAUGCCGCGAAAGGGGAGCGUCGUCGUGUACUUCCCGCAGGGCCACCUCGAGCAGCUCGGCGGCGACGCGGCGGCCGCGAACGCGCCCGUGCCGCCCCACGUCUUCUGCCGCGUCGUCGACGUCUCGCUCCAUGCGGACGCGUCCACGGACGAGGUGUACGCGCAGCUCUCGCUGCUCCCCGAGAACGAGGAAGCGGUGAGGCGGAAGCGCGAAGGGGCGGAGGAAGGGAGCGGCGGCGAGGACGGCGAGACCGGCAAGCAGCGGUUCUCGAGGAUGCCGCACAUGUUCUGCAAGACGCUCACGGCGUCCGACACCAGCACGCACGGCGGCUUCUCCGUGCCGCGCCGUGCUGCCGAGGACUGCUUCCCACCUCUGGAUUAUAGCCAGCAGCGGCCAUCUCAGGAACUCGCAGCCAAGGAUUUGCACGGCACGGAGUGGAAGUUCCGCCACAUCUAUCGAGGCCAGCCGCGCAGGCACCUUCUAACCACCGGAUGGAGUGCAUUUGUCAACAAGAAGAAGCUUGUCUCUGGGGAUGCUGUACUAUUUUUGCGAGGUGAUGAUGGAGAGCUAAGACUGGGAGUUCGCCGUGCGGCUCAGCUCAAAACCGGAUCUGCUUUUCCGGGGUUAUAUAGCCAGUGUUCAAAUCUUGGUACACUAGCUAAUGUUGCACAUGCUGUGGCUACAAAAGGCAUGUUCCGGAUCUACUAUAACCCCAGGUUAAGUCAAUCUGAAUUCAUUGUACCCUAUUGGAAGUUCACAAAAAGCUUGAGUCAGCCAUUUUCUGUUGGUUUGAGGUUUAAAAUGAGAUAUGAAAGUGAAGAUGCUGCUGAAAGAAGGUACACAGGGAUAAUUACUGGAACAGGUGACGCGGACCCUAUGUGGCGUGGAUCAAAGUGGAAAUGUUUGCUGGUAAGGUGGGAUGAUGAUGUUGAGUGUCGACGUCCAAACAGGGUAUCUCCCUGGGAGAUUGAGCUGACCAGUUCAGCUUCAGGAUCCCAUCUGGCCACACCGGCUUCAAAGCGACUGAAACCAUGUCUUUCCCAUGUUAACCCAGAAUACAUGGUUCCACAUGGAGGUGGUCGCCCUGAUUUUGUGGAAUCUGCACAAUUCCGCAAGGUCUUGCAAGGUCAAGAAUUAUUGGGUUACAGAACUCACGAUGGUACUGCUGUUGCUACUUCACGGCCAUGUGAAGCAAGAAAUUCGCAGUACAUUGAUGAAAGGAGUUGCUCCAAUGAUGUAGGUAACAGUGUCCUAGGGAUUCCAAGACUUGGUGCUAGAACACCAUAUGGAAACCCAGGGUUUCCCUACCAUUGCUCAGGCUUUAGGGAGUCUCAGAGAUUCCAAAAGGUCUUGCAAGGUCAAGAAGUUUUCCAUCCUUACCGAGGAAGUCUGGUUGAUGCACGCAUCAGAAGUAGUGGCAUUCAUCAACAAGAUGGUCCAUACGCACCUGGUGCGGCAAAUAAAUGGCAUUCACAACUUCAUGGGUGCGCUUUUCGAGGGCCACCAGCACCAGUCCUCCCGUCUCAAUCAGCAUCCUCACCACCUUCUGUCCUAAUGUUUCAGCAGGCUAAUUCAAAGGUUUCUCGAUUUGAAUUUGGCCAUGGCCACUUGGAUAUGAAUGAGGAUGAUAGACAUGCUAGGUUUGACUCUACUGAAGGUGUUGGAAGAUCAGCACAAACAUUGUCACUCCGGCCUCAUCUUGCUGCAGAAGUGAUGGAUGGUCAUGUUGCAGUUGAGAACAAGAGUGUUGGAACAAACAGCUGCAAAAUAUUUGGCAUCUCCCUUGCAGAGAAGGUUCGAGCAAGAGAUGAAAUGGGUUGUGGUGAUGCCAACUAUCCAUCUUCAGUCCAGUCCUUGAAGCAACAGGUGCCGAAAUCCCUUGGCAGCAGUUGUGCUACUGUUCAUGAGCAAAGGCCUGUUGUUGGCAGGGCGAUCGACGUCCAACAAUGGAUAUGAUGAACUGAUCUGUUAGUUGGAUUCACAAGCCAUCUGGAGGUGAAGAAGUUAUACGCCUGGUAUCAUCUUCAUGUUGACUCUGACUAUUCCAGCCACAUAUGUGCUGACUAGAACUUCAAUGGUUUGCAGAGACUUGUCAUGUUGUGUCUCUGGUUGAUGAGUGGGUCUUUUGAAGACAGGUGGAUCGAUGAUGCUUGUCGAACUUGUAUCUUAGUUGUAACUGAUGGAGUUCUUAUUCUAUGAAUUAGUACCUAGAUGGCCAUUGUUAGCAGCCUUCGUUGCUGCUGGAACUACCAAUGUGUUCAUAUAAUCUGCAUGCUAUAUAACCUGAAGGCUUGGCAGGUGACUCCCCGUGCUGGGGUAGUGCUGUCGCACGAAGCCCAUGGCUGGGAACACUACGCGUUUUGUUCCUGCUGCCGCUGGUGGGGGUGCCAAAUCCCCUCUCCCCCAGUCCCUAGCUCCGGUCUUGAAGCCCCAAUUAUCUUCAAUGUGAUUCGUUCAAGAAUGAAUAUCAGAGGAUAAUUCUGAUGUGUCUGUUUCAGUGACGUUCAGAGCAUGCUGCACAACUAUGUCUUGACUGUUCAGUCACUAAUCAUCUUGUUUUGCUA